GUUGAGUUUUGGGGGGAGACAAAAACUCAUUCAAAUAUGGAAGUUUUCAUUUCCCUUUGUACCAUGACAUUCUACGUAGUUGCCCCCUCAAACCCAUUCAAUGCCCAUCUGUGUUUUGUUCUCAUUUGCAGCACGUACUUCCUCCUCUAUAUAAAGGCCAUGAAGCAUGCCAGCCAGAGCCAACUUAUACUUAUCAAGAUUAUUACCAACAAAAAAAACCUCAAGUUAUGGCAAUGCAAUUACGAUCUUUUCUCUUAGGCGUGCUGCUACUAAUUGGCUUUGCAUUCACAAAUAGCAAAGCAGAUAUUAGAGCUCCACCCACGCAUUUUGACACCGCUUCUCUCAAUAGGAGCAGUUUUCCAGAAGGGUUCAUAUUUGGCGUAGGUUCUGGAUCUUACCAAUAUGAAGGUGCUGCAAACGAAGGUGGUAGAGGACCAAGCAUUUGGGAUGCCUUCACCCGCAAAUAUCCAGAAAAGAUUAAUGAUAGCAGUAAUGGAGAUAUCGCUGUUGAUCAGUAUCACCGCUAUAAGGAAGAUGUGGGGAUUAUGAAGAAUAUGGGGUGGGAUGCUUAUAGAUUCUCUAUCUCAUGGUCAAGAUUAUUACCAAGUAAGUUCAUCCACAUCCUCACAUUUGGUUGUGACCAAUCGUCAUAUAAAGUUCAGUUUAAAUUGUAUCAGUGCACUUAUUUCGUUAUUUUCUGGUUUUGUUUUAAUUAUUAGAUGGAAAGUUAAGUGGAGGAGUGAACAAGGAAGGAAUCAAAUAUUACAACAAUCUCAUCAAUGAGC